GGGCUGCUGCUGCUGUCGCCAUGGGGGAGUUCCAGGUGCACCGUGUGCGGCUCUUUAACUUCCUGCCAGCCGGGAUCCGCUGCCUAGCUGCUCACUCCUCCAGCUGCCUGGCCGUCGGCCACAUCGAUGGCUCUGUUGAGAUAUACAAUCUGCAAGCAAACAGCUUCCAGGAAAAGGUUAUUCCAGGCCAUGAGAUGAAGAUCCCGGAGUCUCUCUGCUGGGCUGGAGAAAAUCGGCUCUUUGGCGCAGGCCUCAGUGGAGAGAUCAUUGAAUAUGACUUGGAGAAGCUGUGUGUCAAAUAUACAUUGGAUGCCUUUGGAGGUCCUCUUUGGAGCAUGGUGGCUGAUCCAACUGGGACUCAGUUAGCGGUUGGAUGUGAGGAUGGAUCCAUUAAGCUCUUCCAUGUCUUACCAGAAAGGAUCCAGUUUGAGAGGAGUUUGGAUCGGCAAAAAGGCCGCAUCGUGUCCCUCUUCUGGCACGCCUCCGGGGCCAAGAUUGCUGCUGGCUCCAUUGAUGUCAUCCGGGUUUUUAAUGUCCAGUCAGGCCGUGCAGUCCAUCGGCUUCUUGUGGACAGACGCCUGACAGGCGCCCACAACCGGGAGUGCGUAGUGUGGAGUGUGGUCUUCCUGUCAGACGGCACCAUAGUCAGUGCGGAUUCCUCCGGGAGGGUGCAGUUCUGGGAUUCGGAGAUGGAGACGCUGCUCCAGACGUCUGUUGUCAGCAGCUCUGCCGUGCUGUCCUUGGCUGCCUCUGAGGCAGAAGACAGCCUUGUAGUUGGCACAUCGGAGGGGGCUGUGUACCAGUUCCAGCUGCUUCCAGUGAAGGCGGGCAGUGCCAAUCGCCAGUGGGUGCGGACAAAGCCAUUCCAGUACCACACGCAUGAUGUGAGGGCUGUGGCACACACGGCCACAGCGCUCAUCAGCGGAGGAUUAGAUGGGCAGCUGGUGAUCCGGCCACUCAUGGAGAAAGUGGAGUUCCGGAGCUACGAAGCCGCUGUUCGGAAAGUCACCUUCCCCCAUAGGCGCCUUGUCUCGUGUGCCAGGAAAGCCCGUCUCCUCCUCUUCCAGUACCCACAACAUCUGGAGCUCUGGAGACUUGGGGCCACCAAUGCCACAGGAAGAGACGGGGAAGUCUUGCCAGUGUCCAGCCCCCCUGAGCACCUGCUCCAGCUCAAGAACAAGGGCCCUGAGCACAUCCGCAGCAGCUGUGUCUCUGCCUACGGCACCUGGAUCGCCUACUCCACGGCUUCCCGACUGUGCCUCUACAGGGCCCAGCUGUCUGGCGAGCACUUUGCCCUCCAGCGGGUUCCCAAGGUGCCAAAGGUAGCUCGUGGAGCACACCAGCUUCUGUUCUCUGUGGACUCGACUCGGCUGUUUGUGGCGUCGGAUCGGGGCUCUGUGCACAUCCUCAAGCUCUUGCAGUCGGGAUCCUGCAAACAUCUGUACACCCUGCAGCCCAGCUCAGAGUCCCCGGAAGCUGCUGUCUUGCUGGCUGUGAGUGCUGAUGACAGGUGGUUGGCUGUUGCGAGUGGAGGCGGGACAGUCAAUGUCUACAACCUGCAAAGAGCCAAGCCUCACUGCGUCCUGCCUGCAUACAACUGCCCCGUGACUGCCCUGGCUAUUCAUCCAGUGACCAACAACCUCGUCGUUGCCCAUUCAGACCAGCAGGUGCUUGAGUUCAGCAUCCUGGACAAAGCGUACACGCCCUGGAGCCGCAAGGUGCAGCAGCAGGGGCUGCACUGCGACUGGCUGGAGCGGGACACGCCCAUCACUCACAUCGCUUUCCCCCCCAAGCAGGAUGACCAGGUGCUGCUGCAUGACACUCACAUGCUCUGCCUUCUGGACAAGUCCCUGCCACUACCGGAAGACACGGCCGUUUUGUGCAACCAGCCAUCGUUGAAGCAGCUGUCUGAGAAGGCCCGACAUGGCAGUGCCCACGCCUUCAAGAUCUGCAAGAAGUAUCAGCCGCUGUUGUUUGUGGACCUGCUGGAGGAGAACUCCUUGGUGGUGGUGGAGCGGCCGAUGAUGGACAUCAAAGCCCAGCUGCCCCCACCCGUCUACCAGAAGAAGUUUGGCACGUAAAGGAGCUCCCCGGCCAUGGCCGCAUGGGGUGUGAGGGCGGUCUCUGCUGCAGAAGGGCAGCCAGCCAAGCCACCUCUGGGCCUUCCAGGCUGCAGGAGGCCGGGGUAGCUGAAAUCCGAAGCAGGUGAAGCCAGAUGUCCUCGGACCCUGCCCGAGUCCAGCUCCCCUUCCUCUCCCCCUCGGCUCCAUUUGCUUCUUUCUCCUGACGAUUCUCAGACGCUGGAGACUGGCCACAAUCAAGGCUGGGAAGAAAUCUCACAGGGGCCUGAGGCUUCUGGCUUCCUUUGAGGCAGAAUGGUCAGUGGCCUCUAGAGGGUUGAAGACUGCAGGGGCUGGCUCUCUUGGGCGGGAACUGAUGCUUUGGAGUGCUGGAGCGACCCACAGCCAAUGGGGUGUUGUGUGCUGAGAUCCAAGCCGGCUUCUAAAUGCAGUCUUCAAACGCCCCCCAGGGCUGUGGUGGCAGACGGGUGCCAGCCCUUUCAUUCCAGCGGAGAAGGGGCUGCCCCUCACCUUAGGUUGCUGUUCUCUGUUCCUCCGGUGGUGGCGGGCAUGUUGCAAAGUUUUCCAGACUCCUACAGCAGGAGAAUUCUGCAGCUUUGAAAAAAAUGCCACCUUCUGAUGGGGGUGGGGGAGGAUGAAGAGAAGCGGGCAAAGUAGCUUGAGCAGUUGCCUGCUGGCACCUUUGUGGAGAUGGAAAUCCAAGUGGGAGAACUGGGCUGAACCUGGAACAUGUCGACUUCCAUCCAGCUGUGAGCCUCCCACCCAUCAGAGUCUCUGCGAAGGUCCUAAUCGACUGCAUCCCAGACUCGUGGCACAGAUACAGCGCUAUUGAUUUUUGGCUAACUUAAGAUGGACUUCUAAGGCUGUUGUGAAAGUAAAGUGUUGCUUCUCUUAAUGUCUUGAAUUUUUUGAGCCUUGAAUUGAAAGAAUAUAACACUUUUAAAAUUAAAAUUUUUGAAGUCAUUUAA